AGGACUUACUUUGACCAACAUGAACAUAUCAAGGACUCCCCUAAACACAAAACAAUUUCACACAUCCUGAUUCAACCUUUUCUUUUCAUCUUCAUCAGAUCUGUAUCAAAUCGAGAAUCGUUAGGGUUUUAGUCGCAACAAUGGGGAUCAGAUUCAUAUUAAUGGUGAACAAGCAAGGUCAAACUCGUCUCGCACAGUAUUACGAAUACCUAACCCUAGAAGAACGACGAACUUUGGAAGGAGAAAUUGUUCGCAAGUGUCUCGCUCGUAACGAACAACAGUGUUCAUUUGUUGAGCAUCGGACGUACAAAAUCGUGUAUAGGCGGUAUGCAUCGUUGUUCUUUUUGGUGGGAGUUGACAAUGAGGAAAACGAGCUUGCAAUACUGGAAUUUAUACAUCUCUUAGUUGAAACGAUGGACCGUCAUUUUGGCAAUGUGUGUGAAUUGGACAUCAUGUUCCACUUGGAGAAAGCUCAUUUCAUGCUAGAGGAAAUGGUGAUGAAUGGGUGUAUUGUUGAAACAAGUAAGAAUAACAUACUAGCUCCGAUACAACUCAUGGACAAAGCAUCGUAAAUGGUAUUUCCUUAAACCUUGUAUGCCUAUGAUGACGCUUCUUUACGUUGAGUGUUUUAAGAUGUGAUUAAAGAAGCAACGGGUUCUUGUACUGUUCUGUUUAUACAAUAUUAACUCUUUAACUUUGUAGUUUAAUAAAGCUUUGUGGUUCUUUUUUCUUCUA